UUGUGUUAUGUAACGGUAUUUAAAUAUUACUGUAGCAUACUAAUGUUAAAGAGAAAGUUUUGUGAAAAUUGCAUUAGUUUAACGUAAUGUUACGUAAGCAUAUCCUACACUUCAAAGGCUAUUCUUCAGUGCUUGGAAAGGCAGGGGGAGGGCCAACACUGUAAGCUACUACUCAAUGUUGUCUUUCGAGUUUUGACGUCACGUUUAGAACCCUCUUGUAGCCUUUUAUGUUACGCGAAAGUUACUGCAAGUAUUUGGGGGGUGAGGAAAGUGUUUCUUUUGAUGAACUAGGUCUCCAUUGAGUUCAAAUAACGACAGCGGAAACAACUUCAUAUCAGCAACAAAACUUAUGCAAACCGUCUUCGGGUGCGUGUUCCGCAUUCGCAGCUUUCGGUCUGUGUCUGCACUUUAGCCCCCUCCACGACAACAACUUUUGGCAGAACGCUGACUUCUCGAGGAUAAUCAAACAUCGGGUGAUUGGCAGGAGCGCCUGGUCAAAUGCAAUGACGAGCGCAAAUUACACAGACGAAUUGGACUUCAGGCUUACUUUUGGGGAAAGCGGCAGGGAGCCGCCACUAGGCCACGCAGAUAUUGAUCUUAAUGAUGACUGCUACUUCCUCAAUGUGGGUCUGCUGCAGCCUGUGAGUAACCGCCCUUUAGGGAACUUGCAGUACAACCAGCCGCCGCCACCGCCAACAACCUCCAUUCCUGUCACUGAACUGCAGGGCAGCCCAGCUGCCAGCGGUGCCCAUGAUGUCACAGGCACAGGUGCUAUCUCCGGCGGCGGCGGCGGUGGUGGUGGUGGUGGAGCCAUACACCACCACCACCACAACAACAACAACAGCUUCGAGUCGCCCUCCAGGAUGUUCGACUGCCCCAGUAUCCAAAUCACAUCCAUCCCCACCAGCUCCAGCCAUGACAUGAUGGGUGCCUGUCAGGACGCUCUGCAGAUGCUCCACCACGGCGGCUCCGAGGUGGUGGAGGGCGGUGCCGCUGCAGCCGCCAGAGACCACUUGUACCUGUCCCUAGACCCGGCGUACCGAGACCCCUCGUCCCUGUGCCCCAGCCCCUGCAGCAGCCUCUCCUCCCGCAGCUGGCUCUCCGACGCCUCCUCCUGCGCCUCCUCCUUCUCCCACGUCUACGACGACGUGGAGGCCGAGCUCAACGAGGCGGCGGCCCACAUCCGGCUGGGGGGCUCCCCCUUAGUGUCGCCCCUCACCUCCCCGUUGCCCUCGCCCUUGCCCUCCCCGCUGGCCUCUCCCCAGGUGUCCCCCCUGGUGUCGCCGUUCGGCUCCCCUGGUUCGCUGGCGGCCGGCGGUGGGGAAGACCCCUGGAUGCGCUUCCACCUUCAGCAGCAGCAACAGCAUGUGGCUCUCCAACACCAGCACCUACAGCAGCAGCAACAGCUGUUUGGACACUCGCUGUCCCCCCACCAGUCCCCCUACCAGUCCCCCCGCACCAGCAUCUCCGAGGACACCUGGCUGAGUCCCCGUCCGCCCUCGGCCCAGGCCUCCACCUCGCGCCCGUCCUCCCGACCCUCCUCCAGGCCGUCCUCCCGGCCCACCUCCCCGUGCGGGAAGCGGCGGCACUCCGGCUCGUCCUCUCCCCAGCCGCCCUCCAACAGCAACGCCGCCACCUCCUCCUCUCCCAUACCCACCCCCACCCACUCCCCACGGGGCAGCGUGACGGAGGAGACCUGGGCCGGGAGUGCCAUGCUGCUGUUCGCCCAGUCCUCGGAGGUGGACGUCCCUCACAAGACCAGGAGGACGUACCAGGGGAGCCAGGAGCAGCAGCAGGUGCUUGGAGCAGCAGGCUCAGGUCUCCUCCAGCUGGGCUCAGGCGUGCUGCAGCAGGUAGCGGCGGGGGCAGGUGGUGUGGAGGAACAGGCCCUGGGGGCUCUGACCGCCUUGCUGGAUUACCCCUCUUGUUCCGACUCCUCCUCCCUGUCUGCUUUAGCUGGGCAGAAGAGAGAAGACAGCGGCAUAGAACAACAGCAUUUCCUCUCCGUUCCCUCUCACUUCACCUGGAGCAAACCCAAGCCGUCUCAAACACCUGUCCACACCGUUCCUGCCCUACCUUCUCUGGACUGCCAGCUGCCCAGCCAGUGUGGGCAGUAUGAGCUGCGUAUCGAGGCCCAGCCCAGAGAUCAUCACCGGGCUCACUACGAGACCGAGGGCAGCCGGGGAGCCAUCAAGGCAGCCUGUGGGGGACACCCCGUCGUCAAGCUCAUUGGCUACAACGAAAAGCCGGUCAACCUGCAGAUCUUUAUCGGCACGGCGGACGAGCGCAUCGUGCGGCCUCACGCCUUCUACCAGGUCCACCGCAUCACGGGGAAGACCGUCUCCACGGCCAGUCACGAGACCACCCUCAACCACACCAAGGUGCUGGAGAUACCCCUCCUCCCAGAGAACAACAUGUCUAUCAGCAUCGACUGUGCUGGAAUUCUCAAGCUUCGGAACUCGGACAUCGAGCUUCGGAAGGGAGAAACGGAAGUGGGUCGGAAGAAUACACGUGUACGGGUCGUGUUCCGUACGCACAUUCCCCUGGCCAAUGGAAGUGUGCUGUCGCUACAGACGGCGUCCGUUCCAGUGGAAUGCUCCCAGCGUGCUGCUCUGGAGCUUCCCCUCAUAGAGAAGUUUGGUCCCGUCAGCGGCACAGCCAAGGGGGGAGAGGAGAUGUACAUACACGGCACCAACAUCUUCCCAGACACUAAAGUGGUCUUCCUCGAAAAGGGCCCAGAUGGCCGAACCCUUUGGGAGACUGAGGCAAGAUCUCUCAGGGACAAGUCAACAGAAAUGAACAUUGUGGUACAAACCCCGCCUUACCACAACAGAAGUAUGACAUCGCCGGUUAAAGUCCAGUUUUAUGUGACUAAUGGGAAGAGAAAAAAAAGUAUCACGCAACACUUCACAUAUGUACCAGCUGGUAUGAAACAGGAGGGUGAACACCAGACGAACAUCAACAGCUCCAGUGGCACCACCACAGCACCCCUUGGAAGGACGCAGCAGCCUUUCCCACAGUACGCCUACUCCUCUGACCCCUUCCAGUAUGCUGGACUUUCAGGUGCGCUCACUUCUUUAGACAAUCCUUCAUCUCAUGUCCUCCACGGAUCCAGUCUGGGCACCAUAGACCACGUGGUGGACGCUGAGCACUUUCUCCACAACCUGGUGUCCAUGGAUCCAGGGUUCCUGGGAACUCACCACACCAUCAACAACAACGUUAACACACAGUUCCCAUCGUCAAACAAAGUAAACAAGGUCUUGCCCCAGCAACAAGCCAGCAAGCCAAUCACAGCUCACCACCCGUGCCACCACCACCACCAAGCAGCCACGAGUGCCAUGAGGUUUGAUCAUGACACAUUGACUAGCCUAACAUUGUUACACACCAUCAAAAGCAACACGUCUUCAAGUAAAGGCUCAGUGCAGCUGUGUGGUAAUGAUGGUGGUGGUGGUGACAUCCAAUCUUCAGGAUACCACUUCCCCAAUCCUGUGAGCAAGCAUGGAGCCGUAGGUAGCGGCGUGGGCCUCCCAAGGGAUGUGGUGACAUCAUACGCUCAGACCAUCUUAGCUCAGGACCCACCACCUUUGUACCAGCAGUCACCCAACGGCCACCCGGCAGGGACCUCACACCCUGUGGAUCAUCUUCACCUGGUCCAGGGCAACAAGUCGGCCCAGUCUCUCCAAGCGGUAGUGACUAGUGUUGGCGGUGGUGGUGGUGGUGGUGGUGGAUCUCCAUCGUGGUCCUCCUCCUGUACCACUGUAGACGCAUCUGUGAUCGCCGCGCAGCCCCUGUUCCACACCCAGAGGGUGGAGGCCUUCAACAUCAAGGAAGAGCCGGAGGACACGGACGUCAACCGGCCGUCGUCUGGAGGACUUCAGCAGGUCACACUUGACGAUGUAAGUGAGAUCAUUGUGAGAGACCUCUUCCAGAGCCCAGACACCUCCCCCAUCAUGGCCCAUGAUCACGACUAGUCCUGAGCGUAAGGGUUGCAUCAGGCCUUGCUCCUGUUUGCAAAAAAUUGCAUGUUUUUUUGUCUACGUUUGUGUGGUGCCUGCCUAGUCAAGUUAUGUGAGAUUGAAUGGUACUUAAAACUCGUGUUUAAGAUUAUAUGGUGCUGUCUAAGAUUGUGUAUGCAAGGAGCCUAGGCCUUUGUGUAGUAAGAUUUCAUGGUACCUAGAGAUUGUUGUAAAGCAAUAGUCUCCAAAUGGAGGCCGGGACCCCUAUCAGGGUCGCUGAGGCUCUGCAGGGGGCUAGAGAGAAGGGACUGCUAGUAUAAUGCUCAUACACAUGUAUACAUGUCUAUAAUAAAUAAAUACAUUUGACUUGCAUAGUUAAUAAGUGUAGACAGUUAUACUUUUCCUGUGGUGAAUUUAAAAUUCGAAUUUAGUGAUAUAAAAUGGACAAAAAUAUUCGUAGACAAGGAGGUCCAAACAGAAGAGGUUUUGGAAGUUGUAAGGCCCUGUUGUAAAGCACCUAAGCCUUCCUCUACAAGGUUGCAUGUAUGGACCCUAGUCCUGCCUGUGAGGUUAUAGUGUUCUAUCCUGUCUGUACGUUUGUAUAUGGUACAUUUGUCCUUUGUGUCAGACAGUGUAUGAAGUGACCUGUGUAAACCUUGGAGUGCAAUCAAGAGGUUAUUAUAAAAAGGAAGUGUAGUAAGCCACCUUACAACACGCACUGACGCUAGAUUGUUAGCUGUGGCAAAUUAUGAAAGGGGAGAAUGAAGACAUACUGGAAGGACCACCCUACUAAAGUGACCUGCCACUUCACUCUGAGUUAACCUAUCAGGGUUAAUCAGUAAACCACUUUCUUGAAACACGCCCUAGUUGUGACCGAGCCUUCACAGUAUGUGUCAUUCUCUUUGACAUAAAACUAAGCAUUAAACCGUUUUGUGUAUAUUUUUUUUUUCUUGGGCAACCAGUAUUCUAAAAAGAAACUCUCUAGUGUCCUCCCUUCUCAAUCAACACUCUACCCAUCUGUGCAGUUGGUGAUUUCAUUAACCAACAUACAAGAUAGAGUUAAGUUCCACAAACUUGCAUUGACAAAUAGUUAAAUUCUGUAACACUUUAUAAUAAUGGAUGCAUAAAAAGCAUUAUAAAGACUUAAAGAUAAUUCACUAAUGAUGAACAAAACAUUAACAAUUGUUUUAGUUAUCUGCUAAGUUGUAUUAAUGCUUUAUAAAAUAUCUUCAAAUUAUACGUUCAAGAUUUUUUUAAAUUAAGCUUUUAACAGAGUAUUUUUAUUCAUAUACACGUUUUUAAACGUUUGAUAAAUAAAAAUAUGACCAUAACAUUUUCCACUCAUAUACAAACAUUUGCUAAUGUUUUGUUAAUCAUUAAUUCAUUAUUUACUAUGUCUUUAUAAUGCUUUGUAAUUCUUAUAAUGUAUCCAUUAUAUACAUGUAAUGCAUCCAUUAUCGUAAAGUGUUAACUUAAAUUAUAUUGCUCAGCAGAACUACUCAUACCUGGCAGAGGAGUCUGCUGAUUGAGGGAAUGGCUGGAACAUAUGUGGUACUGGAUUGUAAACUUCUGAAUUCGGGUUGACAAUCACUGUCUAGUGAAGCAAGAGAAUACUAUUUGUAUCCAAACAUGUUGUGGCAUUAAUACAAGUUGUGAGAUGCAGCAGAAUGCAGCUUUUUGUGUGUUGUAUUCUUUCAUACAAUGUUUGAUCCCUAUGUUUUUAAUUUGUAAAAGAUUGUAAUCGUGUUUGUAAAUAAUAUGCAUUGUACAUAUAAACAGAAGAUGUUGGCUUUUUGAUAAACUGAGAUUAUUUAUAUUUAAGAAAAGAAGACUUUUACAACUUUACAAAAAAAACAGUUAUUCAUAGGUUGAUUGGCGAUUAUUAAAACAAAAA